AUGGCUUCGAUCAGUAACCCAUCUCUGUAUCCCUCUCCACCCUUCUCCGUGAGGAAGCCCACCAAGCAGAGACUUCCCAUCUCUCUCUCCAGGACCCUCUUCUUCUCACCUCCCCUUGAUCGCCCCUUCGGCCCCCGCGGCGGCGGCGCUCCGCCGGCGGGGCUGGCGGCGCGGGUGUCGUCGUCGUCCUCCUCCUCAGUGGCGCAGCCGCAGCCCUCGCCGUCGGACGACGAUGAGACCACCGAAGAGAAGGAGUACGAGGUGGAGCUGGAUAAGCCAUACGGGUUGAAGUUCUUCAAGGGCAGGGAUGGCGGCACCUACAUCGACGCCAUUGCCCCGGGAGGACCGGCCGAUAAGACGGGGAAGUUCACUGUCGGGGACAAAGUGAUCGCAACCAGGUUGGAAUUUCUUCCCUAAUUUCUCUGUCACCGAUCUGGGUUUCUGUUCAUCCGCUGGUUGGGUUCGCUCGGAUUCCCUCCUCCUAAUCUGCAUUUAAGAAUCAACCCAUUGAAGAUUUUUCAGCUGCCGUGAUGAUUCCUCUGCUUAGGAAUCGAACUCUUUCCAUGAUGGAACUGAGAACUUUCUUUACUAAUAGACAUUUAAGAGUGUGGUUUAUGUUUGGUCAUAGCUUCAAACCCUUGAAAUGAGCUUAUUCGGUUGAAAUGAGGGUGAAUCAGCUCACUAAAUAGGAAUUACAUUACAUUUAAAAUUUCUCGGCUGAAACCCAAGCGAUUUUAUAUAUACAUAUAUAUACAUAUAUAUACAUAUUUAAAAUUUCCAUGAAUUAUAUAUACAUAUAUAUAUAUAUAUUCUCUGAGGCGUUUUUAGAUCAGUAAUAACUCUCCGUUCAAGAUUGUGUGAGGUGUUUUUAGAAAGAAAAAGAAAAUUGGGUAUUUUGGUUUUAGGUAGCUGGAAAACCAUCUAAUGAUUAAGGUCAUUUUUUUUUACUUGUUUUACUUGUUUUACUUAUUCUUAUAGUGAUUAAGACCACUUUUUUAGUUAAAUUUUUUAGGAUUUGCUGCGAGGCAAAAAAAAGAUUUUUUUUAGGUAGCCAAUCAUUUUAGGAUCUAAUAGAAAAACCAAAGAAAAAAAUUUCUGCCCUCAAAGCUGGAUUGUAACUAAGAAUUUAAUCUUGUGUGCAGUGCUGUAUUCGGAGAAGAGAUAUGGCCCGCCGCUGAGUAUGGGCGGACGAUGUACACCAUCCGACAGAGAAUUGGCCCCCUGCUCAUGAAGAUGGAGAAGCGAUAUGGUUUGCUCCUGGCUGAUUCUGACCAUCAAUCAAUUGAUUUUACUAUCUCGUUUGAAUUAAAAAAUUUCUCUUCAGGCAAGAUGGAUGAUGGCGGCGAGCUAACUGAGAAGGAGAUCAUCAGAGCUGAGAGGAACGCUGGCUUCAUCAGCAACAGAAUCAGGGAAAUUCAGGUGAUUUUCCUCUGCUAAGCCCAAAAUUUCCGCAACUUGCUGUCGUCCACCAUGUUUUAUUUGUGGUCAAACAUUUUUUAUCCAUCAUCAUCGUGUCAAAAUCAUGCCCAAAACUUUGGUUUCAGAUGCAAAACUACGUGCGGAAGAAGGAGCAGAAGGAGGGUCGGGAGAACGAUCUCCGUGAAGGGCUCAGGCUUUACAAGUACGCUCCCAUAAGUCUCCUUUUGGGAAUUUAAUCUUCCGGGUAUAAUUCUCCUUCGCCGCAUUGACAUCACCAGGAGUGGCAAGUAUGAGGAGGCACUGGAGAAGUUCGAGUCAGUGCUUGGGUCUAAGCCCGAGCUGGACGAAUCCUCAGUGGCAAGCUACAACGUGGCUUGCUGCUAUUCCAAGCUAAAUCAGGUGAUGGGUUCCCCAUAAAUAUCUACUUGUCCACUUUGAUUGAAUGUUUUUAUCUCCCGGAUAAUUUGAUUAUCUGAGGGCUGAUGGUGGGAGAGAUCGGACUUGUUGCAGAUCCAGGCGGGAUUGUCAGCACUGGAGGAUGCACUUAAGGCAGGAUUCGAAGACUUCAAGGUGCACUUCCAAAUCCGGGAUCAUGUUGUGGAAAUGAUCAUCAUCAUCAUCAUCAUCAUCAUCAUCAUCAUCAUCAUCAUCAUCAUCAUCAUCAUCAUCAUCAUCAUCAUCAUCAUCAUCAUUUUCUUCUUCUUCUUUGACGGUCCCUUAAAAAUUGCUGGGUUUUUUCAACUGGGUCUGACCGUGUUUCCAUUUUUCUUGUGUUCUUUCUCUUGUUUCUGAAGAGAAUUCGAACGGACCCAGAUAUGAGUAAUCUCAGAGCCUCGGAGGAUUUUGAGCCACUCGUGAAGAGGUUUGAUGAGUCGUUCAUCAACGAGGGUGCCAUCAACGCUAUCAAAUCCAUCUUCGGGAUAUUCAACAAGAAAUGA